AUAGAAGCAAAUCGUUUGCGCGUUCUUGGACUAGUACGAAACGACCAGGGCGUUUAUCAAUGCAUCGCGGAAAAUGACGCUGCCUCGGUGCAAGCAAGUGCCCAGCUGAUUGUCGAUAACGCCGAUUCGUUUUCGAUGGCUGCAUCAAGUGGACAACCGAAAAUGCCUUCCGAACCAUUGGGUGUUCGAGCAAGUGUUGUUGGAAGCCGUUUCGUCACACUUACAUGGGAUCCUCCUGUGCAAAGGCAUGGUGCUGUGCUGGCCUAUCAUAUUUUUUACAAGGAGCAAGAUUCUUCAAGGGAACGAAUGCUAAAUUCAUCGACGACAUCGCUGACAGUAACACCGCUUCAGCCAAACACCACAUAUUUCUUCCGUUUGGUUGCAGAAAAUGAAGCCGGCAUGGGCAAGUCCACUGCGCAUGUCCUCAUCACAACAACUCAGGAAAAGGCAGUUCCUGGUAAAGUUAAAAAUUUGCAUGCCAGUGCACUGAGUCCCGAGACAAUUGAAGUAUCCUGGGAACCGCCAAGCGGUGUUGGCCCUGCGCCAGUGCAGUACAAAUUAUUUUAUAUCAGGAAAGACCAUGAGCCCGGUGAAAAGGAAACACAGAUCGUGAUGAAGAAAACAUCAUACACUCUGCAUGGCAUGGAUAAAUAUGUUGAAUACAGCAUCAGAGUUGAAGCGGAAGGUGUUAACGGUGCUGGUCUGAGCUCCGAACCAGUAACUGUGAGGACGUUGUCUGAUUUGCCUUCUGAAGCUCCAAGUGACGUGCGAGCUGAAGCAGUUUCAUCGACCUCUAUCUAUGUGCAGUGGACACCGCUACCGCCGGAGGAGAGCAACGGCAUUUUGACAGGGUACCGAAUAAAGUAUAAGACAAAGUUGCGUGGUGCGAAAGGCAAUACUUUGGUGGUUGAUGGUAAUGACAGUUCAUAUACAAUAACAGGUCUCGAGCCUGGCACUCAGUACAUGCUGCGUGUUUCUGCUGUUAAU